AUGACAAAGUACAAUAAUAAAAAGCAUCGUACUAUUGGUAUGAAACCCAAAGAUGUCACCGUAGAAGAUACAAGAGAACUGCUGAGACGUAUCCGAUAUACUCCCAACUGGACAACGGAAGUAUUCACCGUGGAUAAAGUUAAAUCAACAAAACCAGUUACAUACAAGCUGAAAGAUUACCAAAAUCAACCCAUCGAAGAUGGUUUCUACGAAGAAGAAUUGCUGAAAGUCCAAUAUCCAGAUGUUUACCUCGUAGAAAAAGUUCUCAAGACUCGUGGUAAUGAUGUAUACGUGAAAUGGCUUGGAUUCGAUAGCUCACAUAAUAGUUGGAUAAAAAAAUCUGAUAUGUAA